AUGAACAGACCGCUUCCUAUUAUCCCUGACAAUGGUUUAGAACUCGAGUAUAAGCUUAUACAGAAGUCUCUACCGUCGCCAACCGUUUUUCACCAGUCCGACACAGAAUGUCUGACGCUCAACAUAACUGGACCGUCAACCGAGAGUCGUCGCCGAAAUCUUCCAGUCCUGGCAUUUUUGCAUGGUGGUGGCUUCACUACCGGUAGUAGCUCGUUCCCUCACUACGACAUGAGCGCAAUCACGGAAAUGAGCUUGGAGUGCGGUAUGCCUAUCAUUGCUGUUGGCAUCAAUUACCGUGUGGGCAUUCCCGGAUUUCUUCAUUCAUCGGUUAUGAGCGAGGCAGGCUAUCAGCCGAACAACGGUCUCGACGAUCAGUGUCUUGCACUACAAUGGAUCAAAGUAAACAUUGGGGGAUUUGGCGGGGAUCCUGAUCGGAUAACGCUUGUUGGGGAGAGUGCUGGUGCAGCCUCGGGAUUAUAUCACUUUCAAUCUACUGAGAAGCUGUUCGAUAGCCUUGUUGUUAUGAGCGCUCCGUUGCUACAGUUUCGUCCACGCCUAGACGGAGCGGAAAGGAUUUUUAAACGCGUGGGAGAUAUUCUUGAUUCUCGCGGACUUUCACCCCAGGACCAGCUCAAUGAACUAUUAUCUAUGGAAAGCGGGGCCUUUUUCACGAAAUUUGGACGCCGGGUCCCAGUUGCACCGGUUGUCGAUGGGAAUGUAGUUCGUAAUAUUCCCACAUUCAAAGAUUUGUUGGAUGAAACAAAGAUGAAGGAGCUUUUUCCAGCGAUCCGGCAUUGCAAACGUAUCAUUGUUGGAGAUUGCCAAAUGGAUGGUAUAAUUUAUGCGAUGCGAAUCGCAGCAAGGACGGACAUUUUUCCAAGGACCCUUGCGACGAGCCUCCGGGCAGUCUUUGAUCCUAUUGAUUCAAACAUUACGCCUUCCAUUUUAUCAGCAUACGAACUUGACACAUCCGACACUUCAAACAGCCCCAAAACGAUUGAAGCUAUUACCAAAUUUGGGAACGAUGUUAUGUUUGCCCUUCCCACAGAAGUAUUUGCUCGAGGCUUGGCUUCGGUUCCUGGCACAGAGACCUUCUUAUACCAUUUCGAAUGUCCAAAUCCAUGGGACGGAAGAUGGAAAGGUCAUGCCACACAUGCUCUUGACCUUAUCUUCGCUUUGCAAAACUACAACGACUUCCUUGGUCAUGGUCAGCGUCAAUGUGCCCAAAAACUGGGCAAAGAUCUGAUUGUCUUCGUAAAUGGCGAGAAUCCGUGGCCGAUGCAUCACAGUCAAGAACGCGGGGCAAUGAUCUACAGCGCAGCUAUGAACGACGAACAAGACUCGUCCAAAUUCAUUCCUGACCAGAGGCUAUACACCGGUCGGAGGGAUGCUCUGGAAAAGAUUCUCAGCCCGGAUCUAUAUGACAAGCUUGUUGUAGCUUGGCAAAACUUCAUGGAUGGGCCCCAGUGA